AAAAAGCAAAGCUAGGAGCACAUACUUGAAAUGUGGCAUUAUUUUUUGCGAUGAAAAAGCGAGUUUCUUCCGUAAAAUAUGUGCCAAUGAUUUGGAUGCGCUAGAAAAUCCGCUGUCACUCACUCGCUCAAUGGAGAAACUAUCGUGAGCUGAUGUAUCUGCUCUAAUGCACAACUUAUUGCAAAGAAUGAAAUGAUGUGCAUUGACAGAAACUUCAACCGAAUAUAAGACUCUUGAUUUUAGGUCGGCAGCUGCACCAAGAUAUACGCAGCCAUGACAUCACCGAAAUGUCCACUUUUCGCAGCACCUUCAAUGCAAUGCCGGAUACGAUCGCAAGGAUAACACCCUUUGAUGAGAAAUCAUGUGCGUAAUUCUGUGAUUCCUCUUCCCGCGUUGGAUCCUCGCUUUUGAUGUAGGUGAUGAUGGUCAAAGAAGUAAAACCCAUUAUUAUGUUAUGAAGAGCAUUCUUACGCCAUUUUGUUUGAACUCAUACAGUUUAUUUUUGACAGAUUGAGAGGCGUAUAGGUUUUACUGGAAGACACUCGUUUUAAAUUGAAAACCGCGAUGGGAUUGAUUUCAGUUUUGCUCGAGCAGCCUUUGGUAACGUUAGUGAUGUGGAAAUGUCGACAGGAAAUUUUGGUGUUGGCCGUCACUAAAAUAUACUGUGUACCCCGGUCGGUGGCCUACUCUUCAACAAUUGAUAGACACUUCUCAAGGGGUAUGUUCUGCGAGCAUGGUGAUCUGCUCUCUUUGACGCUGGAUCCGCUCUUAAAUUCAAGGACAAAUGGAAAGCGUAGAAUGGGGACAAGCUUGGCUCUCACGGUUGCACAAAGCCGUAUUGGAAGGAUCUGCUUUUCCAUGACAGCCCCGAGAUCGUCACUUUAAUGUUUUUCAGAUUGUCAAAGCCGGCAAACUUUGUUCGGAGAGACGAAGGGGUAGAUUGCAGUGCAUUGCCAAAGUGGUCUCCAAGACUUCUGCACCGUAUAUGUCGAGGAUUAAAAGUCACUUCAAGGCUUGUUAAUUUGAUAGUAGGCUCUCUUGCAACUGAUGGCUACGGCCAACAGUUAAGCCCUGAGUGACUGGUUUUUCGAGCAUAAAUCCAAACGUAUGAUCACUCAGUCAGCUGCCACCCGUUUCAGUCUACUGUCCAGGUAUCUGCGACCGUACCUUCGUUGGUGCACAACGUACCUCGUCGUCGUAAGGUGUGCGGUAUAAAUGCUGUUAUAAACGAAUGGUUAAAAGACCUGCGUCCUCACUGAUAGUCCGAUAAUGUACGCUAGUGCUCCACGUAUGAACAGUCACUUUGUGCGCGUUUUGGGCCUCGUUACCUCUAAAAAGCUAAACACAUGUAAACACUACAAUGUCGAUUGCGUCGUUCGUGGUACACUUUAUUGAAAUAAAUUGAGGGGAUAUUCUAAUAUGAAUCAAGCCAUUCGUUUGGCAGCAAGAGAGUUGUAUACGAAACUAACUCUUUCUGUAGUCAAAUAGCU